AUGUGCGUCAUUGAAUUGUGUGACCCCGAUCUUCCAGAUUUUCAUGCAGAGCCACAUCGUGCCUGCAGCAUCUAUGCGCGCUGUGCUUACCGGCCUGCAGCAGCGCGCACGGUCGUUAACAUGCGUCUUUCGAGCUUCUUGCCAUUCAGCCAUCGCGGGUACCAAUUUGCUCUUAGUCACGAAGAGAUUCAUGCAUCUCAGGUAUCAAAGGACACGGUGGCGCCCAUUUUCUCCCAAGCGCACUAUCGACCUCCGUUCACCGUGCUAAUCAGCCUCUGUAUUGUGUUCUUCGGUGCUAUCGCGGCGACGGCCAACCCCGCACGUCGCGAUAAGUCGCCCGUCAAUAUUCCGUUCACCAGGAAGUUUAAUGCUACGGGUGGCGCCACCCUGGAACAGAUGGAUCGGGCAAGGAUCGGACAAUCAAAGCUAGGUGCACCAGCGGCAAUGCGUGCGACGUUAUGA